UUUCAUCAUUCUUUCUCAAACACAUAGCAACUUAAAGAUUGUGGAGAUUAACUAAUUUCAAAAUUAUGGCCAAUACUUGGCCAUGGAUAGUUUUAGCCUUGGCAGUGUGCUUUGCUGCCAACAUGGUGGCUGCUCAUGAGGAUGAGCCAUAUCAUCCUUCGUCGCCACCUCCGCCACCGUCCGUAUACAAGUCUCCACCACCUCCUCCACAUUACAAGCCAAAGCAUCCUUACUACUAUAAAUCACCACCACCGCCUCCGCCUUCACCAUCACCACCUCCUCCGUAUUACUAUAAGUCUCCUCCACCUCCGUCUCCAUCACCCCCUCCGCCAUAUUACUAUAAGUCUCCACCACCUCCAUCACCAUCACCUCCCCCACCUUACUAUUACAAGUCACCACCACCACCAUCUCCAUCACCUCCUCCUCCUUACUACUACAAGUCACCACCACCACCAUCUCCAUCACCUCCUCCUCCUUACUACUACAAGUCACCACCACCACCAUCUCCAUCACCUCCUCCUCCUUACUACUACAAGUCACCACCACCACCAUCACCCUCACCUCCUCCACCUUACUAUUAUAAGUCCCCCCCACCACCAUCUCCAUCACCUCCUCCACCUUACUACUACAAGUCACCACCACCUCCAUCACCAUCACCACCACCUCCAUACUACUACAAGUCUCCCCCACCACCAUCGCCAUCGCCUCCUCCACCUUACUACUACAAGUCUCCCCCACCACCAUCUCCUUCACCUCCUCCACCUUACUACUAUAAAUCUCCACCACCUCCAUCUCCAUCACCACCUCCACCAUACUACUAUAAAUCACCACCACCUCCAUCACCAUCACCUCCACCCCCAUACUACUACAAAUCACCACCACCUCCAUCACCAUCACCACCUCCACCAUACUACUACAAGUCACCACCACCUCCAUCCCCAUCACCUCCACCUCCCUACUACUACAAUUCUCCACCACCACCUUACUAUUAUAUAUUUAUGAAGACAAUAAUAUCUCCAAGAAGCAGUUCUUUUCUUAGGAGAUUGUUGUCUGAGACGUGCUUUGCAUUACUAUGUUUACUCCAAUUAUUGUUGGAAUCGUCACAUAUUAAUUACUUGAACACACACAACUAUAUAUACCUUAAUCUUCUCCUUCUGCAUAAUAUAGUUUUAGCUAAUUCCUACACUAAGAGUUUUCCAAAAAUGUCAUCAAAAAUGUGGUCUCAUCUACUCUUGUAUGCCUUAGUAUUAAGCUUAAUAUCUACUUAUGUAGAAGCUUAUGAAGAUGAUGAUCAUCUUUAUAAGUCAAAACAACCCUAUCAAACCCCACUUCCAUACCAUAAACCACCACCGUACUACUAUAAUUCUCCUUCCAUUCCAAACUAUGUUAAUAAACCACCACCACUUUCAUCUCUUUGGCCUCAUCCUUCAUAUGCAUACAAAACUCCACCACCACAAUCUCCACCACCUCCAUCAUAUUCAUCUCCUCCUCCAUAUGCAUACAAGUCUCCACCCCCACAGUCUCCUUCACCGCCACCGCCAUAUGCCUAUAACUCUCCCCCACCUCCGGCUUAUUCACCUCCUCCGUAUGCAUACAAGUCUCCACCCCCACCAUCUCCUUCACCGCUGCCACCGUACAUUUAUAACUCUCCGCCACCUCCAGCUUAUUCACCCCCUCCUCCAUAUACAUACAAGUCUCCACCCCCACCGUCCCCCUCACCGCCGCCACCCUACGUUUAUAACUCUCCGCCACCUCCAGCAUAUUCACCCCCUCCUCCAUAUACAUACAAGUCUCCACCCCCACCGUCCCCCUCACCGCCGCCACCCUACGUUUAUAACUCUCCGCCGCCUCCAGUAUAUUCACCUCCUCCUCCAUACGCAUACAAGUCUCCACCCCCACCGUCCCCCUCACCGCCACCACCAUACGUUUAUAACUCUCCACCGCCUCCAGCAUAUUCACCAGCUCCUCCUCCAUACGCAUACAAGUCUCCGCCCCCACCAUCCCCCUCAGCGCCACCACCCUACGUUUAUAACUCUCCACCACCUCCAGCAUAUUCACCUCCUCCUCCAUACGCAUACAAGUCUCCGCCCCCUCCGUCUCCCUCACCGCCACCACCCUACGUAUAUAACUCUCCGCCGCCUCCAGCAUAUUCACCUCCUCCUCCAUACGCAUACAAGUCUCCACCCCCACCGUCUCCCUCACCGCCACCACCCUACGUAUAUAACUCUCCGCCACCUCCGACAUAUUCACCUCCUCCUCCAUACGCAUACAAGUCUCCACCCCCACCGUCUCCUUCACCGCCACCACCAUACAUCUAUAACUCUCCGCCACCUCCGAUAUAUUCACCUCCUCCUCCAUACGCAUACAAGUCUCCACCCCCACCGUCUCCUUCACCGCCACCACCGUACGUCUAUAAGUCUCCGCCACCUCCAACAUAUUCACCUCCUCCUUCAUACGCAUACAAAUCUCCACCUCCACCAUCUUCUUCACCACCACCACCUUACGUCUACAAGUCCUCAUCUCCACCGUCUCUUUCACCACCACCUCCCUAUGUUUACAAGUCCCAUCUUCCACCUUCAGUUGCUUAUUAAGCAAAUUAAUUUUAUCUAAUUACAUGUCUAAAUUACAUUGAAGAGGAAAAACAAUACUCCAAGAAAUACUCGAAUUUAAAUUCUUUUUUUAUAUAUAAUUAUAUAAUUUCAUCUCGUUUAAGAUGCACGUCACUCAUAAGUCCUCAAAUUUCGAAGGUUGUUGUAUUUUAUAUUUUUAUGAAUGAGUGAUUUUUUGUUGUUGAUGGAUAUUCAUUCAUCCAUCUAUUUAUCUUUUCUACUUUCACAAUUAAUUAAAAAAGUUGUGCAUUUAAGUUUA